UGAAGCCAAACACUCAGUCAGUUGACGCUGGUUCACCUCGUAGUCGAGACGUUCUGCGCAUCACUCGGCACAUUGAACUUUUCGAGUUUCGUUUUUUGGCGAUCCAGAGAACUUCUCUGGGAUUCCUAAGUUUGUCUCAUAACACGUGAACUCGAGACGCACGUAUCUCAAUACCCAUUAUCCGAACCUCUUGGGCGCCCCACGGCUCCUUCGCGUGUGCUUCCCAUUAGGGCUUGAAAGGCGAAAUAUUUUUGUGACCCCCUCCUGGGUUGGCCCCAAUAUUGGCCAGGAGUGCCGGAAGAGGUGUCAUAAAGCAUACUGUGAAGGGUGAAAAUAUACCCAAAAUUGUGCAAAUGGGUGAGGAUCAUGUGAAAAUUGUGUCACAGUGUGAUUAAUAGUCCCAAGUGGUAAGAGACUCACGCAAGAGGCCCAUUGAGGCAGCUGCAGCAAAUUCCAGUGCUUCUGGUACAAGAAUCCGAUGGUCUUAGCCAUCGACUUCUUCUGCUGCAAGAAGUGAAAUUUGCAAUUUGUGAUUGUGUGCAAGAAAUAUUCGUUGGCUAAGAGGUCUCAGAUGCAAGGGGAUCAGGAUAUUGAACUCGGGUCCAAUGGUGUGUGAGUGAGGUUUGAAAUCUUGAGCACAAGAACGAGUUUCUGGCGGUUGGGAGCAUCUCAUCUAGAGAGACAUCAAAAUUCAGCUGGAGCUGUGCUGAGGGGGUUUCCGAUCGGUCGUCAAAUCUCAAUAAGCAGAUCUCCAUUGUUCGUCGGUGGCUACGGAAUCAGAAAGCUGAGGAAGAGGCCACGAAGAGCUGCAAGAAGUGGCGCAUUUGCCGGAAACGGAGGGAUAAUGUGAAGUGCAGUGGAACGGGAUGUGAGUCAUUGGCAGAGAACGGUGCAUCCCGGGAGGAUGGGUGGCAGUCGGAGUGCCACUUGCAGAAGCAUCAGAUUCAGUCGACAGGACGACAAAUACUCCUCGGGAGCAAGCACAAAAGGAGGAUUUACAGAUGCAUCAAGCAACUGUUGAGGAGACAAUUUAGAGAGAGAUUAGCUGAGAAAGACCAAGUCACUUAUAUCGAGGUUUCUAACAACAUCAAAAUAAUCAACAAUAAUUUGCGUUCCGCGCCGGCGACCCCAGCCAGGACCCGCGCGUUGAACGGCAACGGCACGGCCAUGCAAGACGUGCGUGUCCGCCUGGAGCGUGCGGCUCACGGCUCUCCGCUGCACACGGCGCAGCAGCGACCGGCGCAUCUCUUCCAGAAGGCCGGUGUCACGCUCACAUGUGAUGAAAAUGUUAACAUCACUGCCAUCCGGUCGCCCAGUUCCGAGGAAGACAACUCACCAACGGAGAUGAACAACUGUCGGCGUUUGGUGGAGAAACCGCCACUCGUGAAGCGGCUCACAAUGGGUCUGCUACGAGCCACAGAGGAGAGCCGGCCCCUGGUACGCAACGCCGGCUCUUCUGUCACCUCCGGAUCGACCCACACGAUCUGCGAUGGAUACGUGAAUGAGGGCAUUUGUGACCCUGAGAGACUCAUCUCCAGUAAAUUUGGGGACUCGUGCAGGAAGAGCUUGAUGUCCAUGACGAUGGACACAAGGGCUGACAGUCACCAUGAGUUCAGCUUCAAGAAGAACUUCCUCAGAGAAACUAGUAGUGCUAAUUCCAGUCCCAAGAUAUUCGGGCCAUCGCUGAGAUCUGACCACCUGAGCCUGGCUGAGCAGAAUGAACUGAAGGGAGCUGCAUGGUUCCAGGCGGGAAUCCCAAGGGAAAUUUCUCUAGAAGUGCUCUCAAGACAGAGUCCGGGAGCUUUUCUUGUGCGGCAGAGCAGCAGCAAGCCGGGAUGUUUUGCCCUAUCGCUGAGAGUUCCUCCACCGGCUCCCAAAGUAGCCCACUAUUUGAUCCUCAAGACCCCUCGAGGGUACAAAAUCAAGGGUUUCACCAAGGAAUUCUCAUCCCUGCGUGCCCUGAUAACCCAUCAUUCUGUGAUGCCUGAACUGCUCCCAGUUCCCCUAUCGCUACCGCGGCCGCAGAAUAUGGCUCCGCCGCGGCGGGAUCUCGAUGAUUUCGACACUUAUGGAUCUCUCAAUGACUUUCGCAAGAUGAUGGCUGAUCUGAACGUCUGAGGGACUCCCGGAAAAAAAAACAACAAACAUAAUAAACUGACGAUUAAACAUGUGCCGUGAAAUGUGAGAUGAAAUAAAUUCACAAAAAGAAUAUUUUAGAGAGAAUGAACUCAAUUUGGUGAGAGACAAGAGUUUUAAUUUUUAAAUAAGGAUUGUGUGAAAAAAAUAUAUAUUUCGAAGUAUGUAGAAAACCCUAUAUUAGUAAAUUAAUGAGUAGAGUAGAUUAUAUUAAGAGGAAAAAAAGUAUAUUAUCUUAAAUGUGUUGAAAUGUAACGUUUUAUAAAGAAGAAAAAGCACUUGUAACCAAUUGAUGAUCAUUUAUCCAAAUUUAAACUAUACGAAAAGUGACUUAAGGAGAAUACUGACAGAAUUAGGGUAAUUUUAAGAUGGAAGAGACACUUGAGAAAUUCAUUUGGAGAAAAGGAGAAAAAAAUUGUAUCAGAAGGAUGUUAUACUUUUUGUUCGACUGUAAAAAAAAGAAACAACCGAGAUAGAAAAGAGUUUUAAUAGCAAAAAAAAAUUAAAAACUAAAAUAAUGACUGUGUCUGGUAUCUCGGAAGAAUGAAAAAAAUAUAUUGCUGUAUUGUGAAGAGUAAGAAACCAACCUUGAACUUAAAAAAAAGAAUAAAGAGAAUCUUCAUUAAACUUUAAUGUAAUGAAUCAACUUUUUGUUAAGCUAAUCUUUUACUAGUCACAAUAAAGAAAAUCUGGUUAAC